GGGUCUUGUCGUCGAGAGAGUUUUGGGAGUUUAAAAGAGGUGCGGUAGCUUAUAUUCAACGGGAUAUAGGAGAAGAAAUGUGUGGACAAAGAUGAAGCCGAAGGAGGGACGUGUUUGAGCUUGCGAGCGUUACGGGCUUUGUGGAAAUAACAGUUUUCUGGCUAGGCUUUAACCGUUCAGUGCAGCUCAGAGGAUUUUUGGUCUGAUUCUAGAACAUGGAGAGCGAUAGUGAUGAAGAGAUCUUUUUUGGACCUGUAACAGUCAAAGAACAGGAGCUCUCGUCAAAGCUGAAGAACAGAAGAACCGAACUUUUUUCAUCUGGGCCACCUUUGUUCCGCAGGAGAUCCUCACGACCAUCCCUUGCAUCCUUGGAGGAGGAAGGUAAAGGGUGUGAUAAUGACAGUACUACUUCCCUUAUUGUGCAUGGGUAUAGUGCCUGUGGUACCCUUUCAUCUUCUGCUGGUGAAGAAAGUUCUCAUUGGGAGGGAUCUGUGGCAAACAGUUCUUCACAAUCUUCAGGUCUUGCUGAAUCCACAGAAGUCUUGGCCUCUUCUUCUGAUUCACUGCAAAGCAAUGACAAGCCCUUAUUUGUCUUUCAAUCACAGUCCAAAGCAAAACUGGAAAAUAAGUCAUAUGAGACUGAAAAUGAAAUAUUUCACAGUAAUUCUGGAAAUCCUGAAACUGAUUCAUUACAUCAUAACUCGGCACAAGAAGUCAGCCUUGUCUCAAGAGUUGGAGCAUCAUGUGAAAGUAGUGACAGUGCUUUGCACUCUGACUCAUAUUGUAGAACAUCAGAAGGGGGAUCAUCUAGGAAUAUUGAAGAAUUAGAGCCCAGUGAAAUGGAAAUAUCAGAAUCUGAAGUUGAUACACCAGAGGCAGACCUUCCGAUGAGCCCAAAAGCCCAAGGGGAAGCAAAGACCCUAUCUAGGUCUGUAGUAGAAGCUGAAAACAGCAAGACUGAAUACAGAGAUAGAGAUCCCUGUAAUUCAACUGUAAGUCAGGAAGUAACAUGUAGUGAUGAAAGUUCUCUGGGUGGUGAUGCUCAUGUAAUAGAAGAGCAGGAUAAUGUAUGCAAUAUGGAUCAAGAAGUGCAGAGUGAAUGGUACCAGGAAAAUUCUGAGAGCAGCCAGGUAAACAGCAUAAGAAGCACUGAAAGAGCAGACCAUAAACGUGUAGAUUCUUCAAACAAGGGAUCAUCUAUGAAUAUUGAAGAAUUAGAACCCAGUGAAAUGGAAAUAUCAGAAUCUGAAGUUGACACACCAGAGCCAGACCUUCACAUGAGCCCAAAAACCCAAGAGGAAGCAAGGACCCCAUCUAGGUCUGUAGUAGAUGCUGAAAACACCAAGACUGACAACAGAGAUGCAGAGCCCUGUGAUUCAGUUGUAAGUCAGGAAGUAAUUUGUAGUGAGGAAAGUUCUAUGGUUGGUGAUGCUUAUGUAAUAGGAGAGCAGGAUAAUGUAUGCAAUGUGGAUCAAGAAAUGCAGAGUGAAUGUUAUAAGGAAAAUUCUGAUAGUAAGCAGAUGAACAGCAUAGGAAGCACUGUAAAUAAAAGAGCAGACCCCAAGAUAGAAAGCUGUAUGUCACAGCCUUGUAAUGAGAUUGAUAAAGAAACAAGUGCUUAUAAAGGAGAAGAGAGCCCAGAGACUGAAAAGAAAAUAACCAGUUAUGAUAGCUUGAAAGAUUCUAAUGCAGUGACCCAAGAAAAGUCAUCAUUAGAGGGAGAAAAAAUAAGUGAUUUAGACCCAGACACCUCUCUUUUGAAAAGUUACACUUCCAGAUUCUCAAGUAAAUCACAAAUAGAAAGUCACGUUCAUGAGCUAACUCGCACCAAAAAGCUAGUUAAGCCACGUGAAAGUUAUUACAGUAGUCUAGAAGUUAUUAAUGUGAAUGAGGCAAAUAUUUUUGAUGAAUUCAUUACAGAAGAGAAAAAUUACCAACCUGAUCUUGAGCAGAUAUGUGCUACUGAUAAAAAGGUUUUCCCACAUAUUAAAGAUCAGCAAAGUAGAUUAAGCUUGAAAAAAUAUUCCUCUAGUACUUGUGAGUUUCUUUCUGAGGGCAGUGACUCUGUGUUCACAAAUUUCCCUUCCUCAGGCUCUGAUAUGUGUUUGAUCAGUGGUUCUGAAAUGGGGAGGAAUCUUCCAGAUACUCCUUCUUCUAGAAAUUCAGAAGGGGAUGAUUCAGUCUUUCUUCAUAAAAAUGAUAUGGAUAAUGUAUGUACCACCGAUCAGCCUAAAACAGAAAGGGAGGAUUCCUGUGAGGCAGAUGAUUCUGUUUCCCCUGUCACACCUCCACCAAAAGGACCACUUAUGAAAGUAGAGGAAGAUCCAAAGUUUAUAUUUACAGUGACUCCACCUCCAACUUCCUUACUUUCUCUGCGAAAAAUACUUCCACAUCCACUGGUUUCAGCUACUUCAUCAUAUUCAUCUUCAUCUCAAAAUUUAGGAGAAUCAGGCAUUGAUAGUUAUGGCCCUGCCAACAGGGCAAUUAUUUUCUCACAGUCAGAUUCUGAGCCAGCAUCUUUUUCAUCUCAACCCAUACCUUCUACAGCUUCUAAUGCUGAUGUUCAGAAUCUGUCUAACUGUACUAGUGAAUCUGGAGAUAUUCAAGAUAACUACAGUUCUGUUUGUCACUCUCAUAGUGGUUCAGCGUUCAGCUACAUGUCGAAAGAUGAUCUGGAUUCAAGUGAUAAUGGGUCAGAUGGUGAAUCUUCUCCAGAUCAGAAGUUCAAUGAUACUAUAGAAGAAAUGGAAAUGAUGCUCAAGUAUGGCCUCAAUUAUGGAGAAAAAAAAGAAAAUGAUGAGGCCAAGGGAAAAAUUCCUUCUUCUGGCGACAUAUGCAGUGCUGCAAGGAAAGCUCAUGCAGAGUUUUCUGAGGUAGAUGAUAAUGAUGAAUCUGAAAGCAUUGUGAGCCCACGGAAAUCAAGUGUAGCAAGCACCAUUUCAAACUUCCAACCAAAUAUGGACUCAACACGAUCUUCUUCUCUAAGGGAAGAUGUUGAGAAACCUAUGAUUUUUGUUCAGAGUCCCGAGACUGUUGAAAUAAAUGAGGUCAGGUCACCGUCAGUCCUGUCAAACAAAAAGCAGAAGGAAGCACCACCUAAACCACCAAGGAAUUUCAAUUUGCAAAAUGUGAACUUACAGAAGCACCCAGAGGAAGCCCGUGCUAAAAUGCAGAAAAGAAGCCCAGUCUCUAAGCCUGUAAGUAUUAGUAGACUUAAACCAAGUCCGCUUUCAUUAACUCCAAAGGUUUCAAAAGUAGACACAACUAAAAAGGUUGUGAAGCAGUCUGGACCAAGAGUGGUAAAUGAGCCAGGCUUGUAUAAAUCAGGCUCUCUGACAAAUAUAUAUAGGACAUCAAAAGUGGGAGAGUCACCUGUUAGGAUUCCAGUACAGUCAGUUGCAGGUUUCAGAUCUCAGCCAAAUUCUCCAUUGACAAAAACCUUCACCUCUCAAAAGAAAAAUUCACCAUCAGAACCUGGACCAAGAGUGGUAAAUGAGCCAGACUUGUAUAAAUCAGGCUCUCUGACAAAUAUAUAUAGGACAUCAAAAGUGGGAGAAUCACCUGUUAGGAUUCCAGUUCAGUCAGUUGCAGGUUUCAGAUCUCAGCCAAAUUCUCCAUUGACAAAAACCUUCACCUCUCAAAAGAAAAACUCACCAUCAGAACCUUCAAUGAGACUUAACAGUGGCAGGACCGCCCUUCCACCACGGCCUCCGGUUGUUAGAGCCAAUAUCAAGCCAAUAUCAAGUUUACCAAGUCAUCAGAUAAACAAAUUCUCCACACCACAGGGAAAGAGUACAAGAACCAAAAUGCAUGUUUCUUCAGCAAGCAAGAUCCAUUCUCCAUCACUGAAAACUCCAAAACAUCUGAGGUUCAAGCAUGGGAUGAGUAUUGUUAGUCCUGUUGCGAAAUAUCUCAAGGAAAAUCCUCCCCCGCCCUUGGUUGUGAAUAUCAAGCCAAAGCACAAAAUCAGUCCAGUCAAAAUCCAGUCAGAGAGCCCAGUUUCCUUUCACUCUCCACUUGCCAGCAGCCAGAAUUCGCCCCAGCGCCUGGCUAAAAGAAUUCAUCGAGAGGAUGCAGAAGUACAAAGGAAAGCAGCCCUUAGUAAGAUCCAGGGUGACCUUGAUAAGUUAGCCUCCAAGAUGAAUAAUGCACAGAUUGAGUCUGGUGAGGACGAGACCUUAGAGCCAGUAGAUGUGACUAGGAAACAGGUUCUUCCAAGAGCAGUGUACACUUCAGCUCCUGUUGUUGUGGAUUCACUUGAAAAUAAAGAAAAUGAAAGAAUUCGAAGGUGCAGGGAUAUCCCUACUGACAAGCAUCCUGUCCUUGUAAUGAAGCACAAAGGUCGUGUCAAGUUGCCCAAAGUAACAUUUAAGGAAGGCCUGGUUGAUGGAUCCUCACCGAAGGGAUACAAGAGUCCUACCCUUCAAAAUCCAGUUAUGUCAUCCCUGAAAGAUCGUCAGUCAUUGCGGAAUUCAUUAAUGGAGGUCUCCAUCUAUGAAUCGCAUGAAACGCAGUAUACACAUACUCUCCAGAAGUGAGGAAUAUGAACACAGGGAAUGCAGAUCACAAAUAGACUUUACAAGCAAGCGAUUUAUAUGUUCUAGAAGAGGAAAUGACAGGUUUUCUUUACCCUUUCUAUUCCAAGGCUUUGAAAUUGAAGUUGCAUACUAAUUUCCAGGAAGAGGCUUAAUGAGUGACAGUAUUCAAUGAAUAUAUUGUCACUUGCUAGAAAUACUUUUGCUAUCACCAGUGAUUUAUGGUAUUUAGAAACCUAGUGAUUUAUUUGACUUUAGCUUUAUAUGUUAUAUCUAUUAUAUAUUGGUAUUUAAAUUUUUUAUCAAAGAUUUGUGAACAAUACUGAAUUAAUGAUUUGGAUCAUGAUAAAAGGAGAACCUGUUAAAGAUUUAGUAUUACUUAACAUAUUUGCUUGUUAUGAAGGUUUGUAUGAGUAACUUGCUUAUUUAAAAGUAAAAUCUUAUUUUAAUGAAUACUUAGGUGUUGUAAUAUAUAGUUACAACAGCUGUUAUUAUAUCCUAAUACAAAUUUGUAUAUGCCAUAUUUUGUAAUGCUUUUUGGAACAUAGAGUGAUGUCUAUAUGUGAAGUCCCUAUCUAAGUUUAAAUUAUACAUGAAAUAAAACAUUCAUAUGGUUCAGUUUGUUACAAAUUACUGUUAUCAAUCCUAGGAAUCUCUCUCACUCUCUCUCUCUCUCUCUCUCUCUCUCUCUCUCUCUCUCUCUCUCUCUCUCUCUCUCUCUCUCUCUCUCUC